AUGAUGGACCUCCACCAAGAGGCACGCAGUCCUCUGAUGCAGUACAAGAAGAGGCAAGAGAAGGGGAAAUGGCCCCAUACUGACAUGAAUAACAGUACUGUCUCUAAUCUGUGUAUACACAGACUACCCACUCCUGUGAAGAAGAGAGGUUGGCCCAAGGGUAAGAAGAGAAAGAAGGUGUUGCCCAAUGGUCCCAAGGCACCAGUGACAGGAUAUGUGCGUUUCCUGAAUGAACGGCGGGAGCAGAUCCGUGCCAAGCACCCCGACCUGCCCUUUCCAGAAAUCACCAAGAGGCUGGGCGCAGAGUGGAGCCGCUUAGCACCUCAUGACAAGCAGCGCUUCCUGGAUGAGGCAGAGCGAGAGAAGCUGCAGUAUGCCCGGGAGCUGAGAGAAUACCAACAGAGUGAGGCCUAUCAGAUCACCAGUGCCAAGAUCCAGGACAAGAAGGUCAAGAGAGAAGAGUCUCCAUCUGUCAUUAUCAAUGCUAACAGUUCUGGAUCAGCUGGUCUGAAGGGUUCAGAUCAUCUGUCCAACAGAUUUGAUGUUCCAAUAUUUACAGAGGAGUUCCUGGACCAGAACAAGGCCCGGGAAGCGGAGCUGCGGCGUUUACGCAAAGCAAAUGUGGAGUUUGAGGAGCAGAACGCAGUGUUGCAGAAGCACAUUUCAGACAUGUACAGCGCUAAAGAGAGACUGGAAGCUGAACUGGGGCAGGAUGAGCUCCGGACACAGGCUCUGCACAGGCACCUGCUGGCCAUCAAACACACCCUCGUCAGCAGCCUGUCCACUGUGGCCCUGCCAGGCACAGGUGAGACCCCCUCUCUUGGUACCCUGGACUCUUACCUGAGUCGCCUGAGUGGUACUCUGGAGAGCAAUCCUCAUGAGCACCGUGCCUUGCUGGCUCAGCUUCACGAUGUCCUUUCUCACCUUGACAGUGAGAAACUAUGAGACGACCUCCACACCCAUUCCCACUUGAUGUGGAUCCCAGAUGGUGCAACGACAGGUCUAAUCAGUGCCCAUCGCAGUGUAGUCAAGGGAUAGGUGGGAUUUCUAUCUGAUGUAACAGAUAAAACACAACGUUGAGUCCAUAUACCAUUACUCUGUGGAACAUCUGCAUGUGUGUACAGUCUGUUACAGUUUUGGUGGCGAAUAUAUGCCUUGGAGGCUUGGUGUGAACAGUCAUUAUGUCAACUGCCUUAACUGGUUCCAUCUGUAGUUAAUUUGUUUUGUUAAAUGGAAUAAACAGUUGAUAUGCCUUUUUAAUGGCAUUUGGAGUGAAUUAAGAGUUUUUCAAGUGAAGCCACUUGGAAAUGAGGUUGCGGAAGUGUACUGGUGUCCACUGAGAGACAAAAUGAACUGGAAAAGAUUAUAGCAAUGUUUUCAGAAUACUUUUUUGUAUUGUAAUUGAUAUUAGUUUUCUGGUGGGCAGUUUUGGAUUAAGGGAUUUUUUGUUGUUGUCAUGGUUUAUUUGCGUUAAUUAAAAUUGGAUGUUUGUCUUCUUUGUAAUUGUUUUAUCAAUUUGCAAUAAAAGUAAAUGUGUGUAA